AUGGUUGCUGUAGUUCAGAAUGUGGGGGUGGAGAUUAUACUUACUUUUUUUUCCCCUCUCUUUCUUUUUUCUAACCUGUACGUGCAGAUACUAGAGCUGGAAAAAAAGAUGGCGAGGCAAAACCGGGCGGCAGUGAAGGCGAAGCAAGCAAACAGUAGCAAACAGCUGCAAAAGCAGAUUGAGACACUGGAGCUGCAUCUAAACAACGUCACCGUCCAUUUCCAUACCAUCCUGUCCAGAAACAAAGAGCUCCGAGAAGAGAUUGAAAAGCUGCAAAUCCAGAAAGCUCUUUUGGGCAAGCUCUCCUUGAAGCUCCAUAAGAAGCUGGCUCAGCAGAGGAGAAGGAUGAACACUGCCGCUGAGCAGUGCACACAAGGCUACAAGCAGCGGAUGGGGGCUCUGGCAAGGAUUGCAGCCUUGAACAAAAGACACAUAGAAGACACAGUCCAGCGCAAUGUUGAGCUGCAGGAGCGGAAGCGUGCCCUAGAAAAGGAGAACAAACUAAAAAACUUCAUGCUGACCAAGUGCAGAGAUCGCUCGGAAUUGGAGGAAGUGGCCAAAAAGAGAAAAGCCCUGAAGGCAGCCCAGUGGGCCAAGCAGAGCCAAAUGGAGAGCUUCGAGAGCCAGGAGGUGGCUUACAGGCGCCUGCUGGAGCUGGCAGAGGACGGGAACUUUGACCGCCUGGUGGAUAACUUCAUCGAAAAGGAGGGGAAGAACUUUGCCUCCUUCAUCUACAUCACUGAGCUGAAGAACGAGAUGGAGAAGAUGAAGCAGAGGAUCAAGGAUGUCCAGAACGAAAUUACAACCCUUAUGAUGGACCGGGAGGACGCAGAGACGGGCAACUUCCAUGUCCUGCAGGAGCUGGAGGAAAAACUAGUGGAAACCACGAGGGAAGCCAACUGGUGCGAAGAGAGAUGCAAAGAGAGCAGCAGAGUCCUGGGCCAGAUCAAAUGUGGCGUGGAGGCCCUUUUGGAAGUAAUCGGUGGCGAUGCUACGAAGACAACGGAGCAGCUUGGAGAAAAUGGGCAGAUCACGGAUGGGAAUCUGACGCGGAUUUUAGGUCUCGUGGAGAAGGAGACCAACGAGCUCCUGCUGAUGGAGAGCGUCCUGCGCUACACGCGGGCUGAGGGCUCGCAGCCGGCCCAGCCCUUCGCCAGCCCGCUCCUGGGCACCACCAGCCUCCCGUGGGUGAUGGAUCGGGCCCGGCUCUGCCCGCCGCCCCCCGCCCUGGACAGCACCCCCGCCGACAUCGCCGCCUGGGAGGUGCCGCUGGGCCACGGGCAGCUGCACCAGCUGGUCCUCCAGAGCUGCGAGAAGGAGCUGGGCCACGCUGCCGCUGCCGCCAAGAAGGGGAGCAAGAGCCUCAAGGAGUGAGAGCCCGGCACGGAGGAAUGAAAUAAACAGUUCCGCUCCUCA